AUGCAUCCAACAUUCUACCGCCACGCCGGCGAGGCCAUCGCAGGUCCUGUGGAAGAACUUGCCUACGUUGUUGGCCUCGAUCCCCAACUCAAGAAAAACGAAGCUCUCUUCGUAGUCGACCUAAAUCCCAGGUCAAGUACCUACGGUCGGGUGGUUGGCCACGUUGAAACCCCUCCAGGACAGGAAUUGCACCAUUUUGGCUGGAAUGCUUGUUCGAGUGCGUUCAGGCACGAAGGCCACGAUAUGACGAAUCUAGAACGGCGGUACCUGAUCGUUCCAGGCCUGAGGUCGUCUAACAUCUUCAUCAUUGACACGAAAGUCGACCCUCGCCAUCCGAAGAUUGUCAAGGUCAUUUCGGGUAAAGAACUUUCAGAUAAAGCCGGCUAUUCCCGUCCGCACACGAUUCAUUGCGGUCCCGACGGCGUGUUUAUGACAUGCUUGGGCGGCCGGGAGGGCGAUGCUGAUGGCCAGACGGGCAUUGCAAUACUCGACCACAACACCUUUGACGUAAUAGGAGCGUGGGAAACGGACCAUGGCCCUCAGCAUUAUAGCUACGACGCAUGGUGGCACCUGAAUAAAAACACGCUGAUCUCUAGCGAGUGGGGUCCCCCCUCGCUGAUCGAGAAUGGGCUCAAUAUCGAGGGGCUCCUCCAGCACAAGUACGGCCACAGCGUGCAUUUUUGGGACCUUGCCAAGGGUAAGCAUGCCCAGCAGAUCGAUCUAGGUGAGGACCAGCAAAUGGUGCUCGAGGUUCGCCCAUCACAUGAUCCUGAGGCCACAUGGGGCUUCAUUGGGGUGACAAUAUCAACCAAGGACCUCUCCGGUUCCGUGUACUACUGGUGUCUGGGCGACGAUGGGAAGUGGAAAGCUGAGAGGGUUAUUGUGAUUCCCGCCGAGCCAGUGGACAACCCGGAUAAGUUGCCCGCAAUCAUCAAACCUUUUGGUGCUGUCCCUCCCCUUGUGACCGACAUUGACCUCUCCGUCGACGACAAGUUUCUCUACGUCGCAUGUUGGGGCACAGGCGAGCUCAAGCAGUUCGACGUUCGCGACCCGCCCCAUCCUGUGCAAACAGGCUCGGUGAGGCUCGGUGGUGUUGCCAAUCAUGUUCCUCACCCCGCAGAGCCGGACAAGCCAUUCCUCGGAUCUCCACAAAUGGUCGAAGUCAGCAGAGACGGCCGCCGUGCGUACUUUACGGGCUCGCUGUAUUCGACCUGGGAUGCCCAGUUCUACCCCGAUGGCACGGGACCGUGGAUGGUCAAAGUCAACAUCAACCCUGAAGGGGGGAUGGAGAUUGAUCGAGAGUUUUACCCCCGUGGAGAUGAUUUCAAGGGUCUAAGUGUCCAUCAAAUCAGGCUGCAGGGGGGUGAUGCGUCGACCGACUCCUAUUGCUGGCGUCCACCCCAAGCCUGUCUUUAA